AAAAAAUAAAACCAACCAACGUUUGCUGCUGUUGUCACAAUAUCAAAAUCAAAUGACGAUGAAACACAGGCGGAGCUGUAUUCUCUCGUCAUCUUAAUCUUCGAAAUGACUUGUUGGUUACAGAAACAUUUAUUGCCCACCAAAAAACAAAUGUGCUCAUGUGCCAAAAACCAGAAAAAAAUGAAAUGAACCGACAAGUCAUCCAAACCAUUCCCAUCAUCAUUUAUUCUACAUCCCAAAAUAAUUUUCAAUUCUCCAACAACAUUUAUGCUCACCCUCAUCAUCAUACACAUGAAGAUGUUAAUCUCACGAACACUAUCUAUCUAACCGACGACGAUAAACACGUCCCAGAAAAAAAACCAGCUCUCCCUCCCUCCCUCUUUCUCACCCUCCAAAAAACACACAUGAAAUAUACAUUCGAACAGGUGGCGCAACAGGUCCCAUUGUGUGUUUGAUAUGUGUGUAUGUAUUAAUUAUGCAUGUGCUAUGUGUGUUUGCAGACGUUCAGUCCAAGUCUCAGUUCUUGUAUGUUCUUUUUUUUUAUUAUUAUUCACCACCACUACUACCAAUUCGAUACCAAAAUAUACUAUUACCACCAUCAUCAUCAUCAUCCAACCAACGACCAGAGAGUUCUGCUUCGUCAGUCGUCCCAUUCCAACAAGCAUCACAAUCAUCAUCCAGAAAAAAAAACUAAAUGUUCUCAUGAAACAUUGGUGUCAUCAUCAUCAACAUCUCAUCGUCAUUCGAAAUUCGUCGUUUGGUUGUUGUUCGACAUUUUUUUGAUUUAAACAAAAUUUGAUUUUUUUUCUCGUUUCGUUUCGAAUAUUCAUAUUGAAAGAGUUUAGUUUAACUCGUUCCUGGAACAAAUUCUUGUCAUUGUCAACGAUAACAAUAUUUUAUCAAGUGCAUUGGUUCUGUAAAAAAUUUUCUUAUUUUUUCCAUUCAAGAAUGUUGUUUAUCAUGAAUUUUCCAAUGAUAUUUUGAUCAUGAUAUUCAUCAUUAAUGAUGAUGAUGAUCAUGUGUUUUUCAUCAUUUCAUUGGUUUCAUCACUAGAACGCAACCCAACAUCCAUCCAUUAUCGAUUGGAUCUCUCAAUAAACAAAUCAUUGCAAUAAUAAGUAACCCAUAAAAAGUGAUUUGAAAACCGGUAGAUGUAAAUGAAUUUUUGUUUUUUUUCACAAGAAAAUAUAGAUCUCCAUAAUAAUAGUAAUCUUUUGAUCAAACGAUACAUUGCAUACGUUGAUGUUCAUCAAAAAAGUGCCUUUCUUUACUUAAUCAAAUCAAUUUUCUUCAGUCUUAUUGAUCUAAUCAAAUUAAAAAUUUGACAUCUUUAUUAUAUUAUUACCGAAGAUUUAUUAUAUCUGCAUAUAUGCGUCUGAGAGUUCGAAUUGCUCAUCAAAAAAAAAUUUGAAUUUUUUUUUCUGAAAAUCCUUUUGAAAUCUGAUCAAAAAUGAAUUGUGAACCAACCAGCCUAUUAGCCGGUCAUUCAUCGUCAUCAAUUGAAUCAUCCUCACCACAACCAUUACCAUUGACCAUAUCGAAUAGUAGUCGUUGUACAUCACCAAUAUCGUCACCACAACAUUCUGAUCCAUCUGAACAAAAUGGAAUUGAAUCACCAUCGUAUGAAGAUGAAUCAAUAUCUGGUAUAAAUUUAACAAUGAAUAAAUCAAAUUUAAGCACAAACAGUAGUAAUAGUAGUAGUACCAAUAAUGGUUCAAUAAUAUCCAAUCAACAUAAUACAACGAAUACUAUUUCAAAGAGGCCUUCACUUACCAACCAUAAUCAUCAUCAUAUCAAUUUGAAUAUUUCAUCAACACCUCCACCACCAUUAACAACAACAUCAUCAUUUGAUACAAAUAAUCGAAAUAGUCAUAAAAUGAAAAUCUCACCCGAUUUUCCAACACCAUCACAUAAUAAUACUAAUCAACAACAAUCACAACGUAAAUCAAAAUCAUACCAUCAUCAUCCCAAUCAUCGGUUAUUUGAUAAUAAUAAUCUACCAAUAAUGAAUAUGAAUUCACCGGAUUUAACACAAUUAUUACUUGAAUAUAGACAAGUGUUAUUGGAUGUACUUAUUAAAUCAAUGAAAAUGAAUGAUAAUCAUAAUGAAGAUACAAAUAACAAUGAUAAUAAUAAUAAUGAUACAACAAUUCAUAAAGGAAUCGUAUUACCGGUCAAAUGUCAAUGUGGUUAUACUUCAGAGCUAAGCAAACAGAUAACACGUACAUCUACUUAUGUACAUCAAUUAGAAUUAAAAUUUCGUGCCUUUCUUGAAUCGAUGAAAGCAACAUCAUCAUCGACAGAAUCAAAUCGUUAUACACCUAAACGUCCAUGGUUUAUUGAUUCAUCGGUACUUACAUCAUCUUAUCCUCUUGGUAGUAUCUGUACUGCUGGGGUUGGUGGUGGUGGUGGUGGUCCGACAAAGGUGUCCUUGUUGGAUAAGAAAAUAUUUCGAAUGUCAGCGAACGAUAAGCCAAUUUCAUUAUUUUCAGGCAAUAGCAGUAUGAAUAGUAGUCUAAAUGAUGAUGAUGAUGAUGAUGACGACGAUGAUGAUGAUAUUGAUUCAGAUGUUGGUGGUGAUGUUGAUGAUAAUGUCAAUGAUAAUGACAAUGAUGAGGAUAACCUGUUGGAAAAUUUAAACAACAAUAAUAAUCUCUUGUUCACAAAUGGUGCUAAUCCAAUUGUUGAUGAAAUUAUCGGUUCAAAUAUCAUUGGCGGUGGAGGAAAAACCAUAUUGGAAGGUUAUCUUAAAAAAAUGAAUGAAAUGACAAAAAUUCACAUCGAUGAUUGUUCAGAUGAUGAUAAUGGCGAUGAUGAUCAUCAUUUAGUAAACAAGAAUGAUCAUCAGCAACAGCAACAAGUGGAUGAUGAAGAAGAGCCAGAUGGUGUUUCCGUUACCGCCGAUGAAGAUUUCCAUCGAGGACCAGGAAAACGUAUCGAUCUUAAAACGAAAAAAUUGGUUGUGCAAAUGAAUAUGAAUGGCGCUAGCUAUACAGAUAUUAGUCGUCAGAUUGGAAUUAGUCGUAAAUCAGUCAGAAGAAUAAUAUCGAAUUUUAAAACAUUUGGAUUACUUGAAAAAAAACGAGAAUCACGUAGUCGUAAAGUAUCAUCAAAUGGUUUGAGUACAUCGAUUAUAGCCAAUAAUGGUGUCAAUAUGGCUAGCAUCUUUAAUGGUCGAAUGCCUGAUUCUUAUAACGAUGGUGCUAAUGACGAUGAUUUAGAUGAUGAAAGAGAAAUGAUUGUUGAUGAUAAUGGUGGUGGUGACGCCGAUGAUGAUGAUCAAGAUUCGGAUGUUGAUGAAAAUCAUCUUGUACAAAAUGAAAUCAAAAAACAAGAGAUUGAUGCAAAUUUUCUGAAUCAAUUAUCAUUGUUUCAAAAGGCGAUGCAAGCAUCCCAGCAGCAGCAGCAACAACAACAACAAUCACAAAUAAAUAGAUCUUCAAAACGAAGCAUGAGUCUUAUUCAACAAGUACAAUACAAUAAUAAUAAUAAUUAUACGAAACAAACAACAACUAAUGGUUCACAAAAUACUAAUAAUCAUCAUCAUAAUCGGCUAUCGUUGAUAAAGCCACCGGAUCGAUUUAAACCUUAUGAUCUUAAAGUUCGUCCUCAUAAUAGCAAUAAUAAUAAUAAUGGAUCAAAUGUUGAAUCAUUUGCACCGCAAAUACACCCAACACAUCGGAUCUCAAAAUCACACCCAAUUGUGCCACCACUUCCGCAAUCAACAAAUAUUUAUUCAACAGUACAACAGCAGCAACAACAACGAUCAUCACAUCAAAAUCUAAAAUCGUAUAAUAACAAUCACUUGACUAAUAAUCUCAACAAUACGAAUAAUAACAACAAUAAUAAUAAUUCCUUUGAGCGGGAUCUGGAAAAUUCAUUGAUCAGACACCCGAAAAGUAAAACAAAUCGUCAACAUUCGGUCGAUAUGUCUUUCAAGGAAAGUUUGAUCGUACCAGAAGCUGAUAAAAAUAAUAAUACCACAUUGAAUAAUUGUAAUGUAACGAUAACGAGUACCUCGAAACCAACAAUGAAUGGUAAUUCAAAUCAACCAUUAGAUUUGGGUAAUAUUACCAUACCACAAAUACCUGCAUCAAUGGUCGAUGGAUCGACUGAUUCAGAUGCUAAUCUUGUACCGAAAAAUUUUAUCGAUGGUCAAUUUCCAGCUGGAAUUAUGAAUUCACUGAAUCCGAAUCGUGCCACGAAAUUAACAUUAGAAGAUUUCAAUAUUGUAUGGCAUCUACGAUCUCAACACUGGACACAUAAUCAGAUACGAAAAUAUUUUCAGCAAAGAGGAAAAAGUAUUUCCAAAUCAUCAAUAUCACGCAUAAUGAAUGGUAAACAACGUAAUUUUCAACAAUUUUUCAAUGUUGUACCAUCGAAUUCAACUUAUUAGGAAAAGAAAAAGCCGGUGGUUAUUUUAUUUAAAAAAGGAUAUAUCGUCAUUUUUCAUUUUCAUCAUCAUCAUCAUCAUCAUUAUUAUUAUAUUAAACUUAUAAUCCCAUUUUCAUAGAGCUAGCCAUACACUUUCAACAACGUGCAUUCAUUGUGUGCCUCACUCUUUACUCACAUUUAUCCAUGAUCAUUGCUAUUGCGAUAGAAUAUUUUUUCAUAAAGAUGAAAUCAAAUCGCUUAUUUACACACUCAAUCCAUCAUUCAAUAUCUCAUAAUAAUGAUUAUGAUAUGAGACUUAAUUUAUUAUUAUUGCUCAUAGCAUUAAUUUUACACUACAAACCUUUCCACAUCAUCAUACACACCCACAUAACCAUUUGAGUUUGUUGUUUGAAAUUCUUCAAACAACAUAGAUGGCUUCACAUCAUUCACACACCAACAUAUAUUAGCCAUAAAAGUGGCGAUAUUGAUGCAAAGAAUCUCUCAAUGUCUUUGUUCGUUCGGUCACUCCAUUUAUACACAUUCAAAAUUUUUUUGUAAAUAUGUUUUUUUUCAAUUCAAACAAAUUCAUUCAAAUUAAACUCUCACUAUAUUUUUUUGUUACUACUUUUUUCCUGCUGUUACUAACCCACUAACGGUUAGUUUUAAAACGCUAAUCUGAAAUAUAUAACACACCCAUUAUACCCACUUACGAUGCAAUUGUAAUAAUUCGAUUCUGUUAUCCUCUAUCUUUUUUUUCUGGGCCUGGGCAUUCUUUUGUUUCCAGUCAUGGAAUCAAAUUGUGUGUAAUCAUUUUUCCUGAUUUUCACCGAUUUCUAUCAAUGAAAAUUGUUCUCAUAUUUCU